ACAAAAGGUGAAGUCGUCUCCUGGGCCGAGCGCUGCCCUUAGUCUAAAACCCUAUUAAAGAAGAAAGAAGAAGAGCUCUGCCCUUCCUGCGAUGCACAGAGCAACUACCGAUUGCUGGCUGGGAUUGUGCGAGAAGGGGUUCUGUUCGUCCCUGUAGGAAAUAAGGAGAUUUCCCUGCAGCUGAAAAUGUUUCCAGAGAGGGAUGAAGAUCAGCAUGCAUAUCAGCUGAGGAAGGCAGUUGAUGAUUUAACAACUUCUGGCAAAGACAAGUUAGAUGAGGAAAUUUUCAAGAAGGUGAAGAAGGUAUGCAAGAAAUCUGACUUUUAUGUCAUAGAGUUAUACAAACUGCUUUGCAAACAUUUGAAGAAGAAUCACGCAGAGAUACGAUACAGUGCCUUCCAAAUUUGUGAUGAGAUCUUCCGAAGAUCUCACUGUUUUCGGGAACUACUGCUGAAGGACUUCAAGACAUUUGCUGACCUGACGCUUGGCCUUGAUCCCAAAAAGCCAUUGCCAAAACCAAAAGCUGUAGCACAAAAACUCAAACAGAAGUGUGUUGAGACCAUUCAGCAGUGGUAUGAUUCCUACUCACAUGGUUAUAACACCUUAAAAUUAGGCUAUGUAUAUUUGCGAGACUGUAAAAAGGUGGAUUUUGCUGAACUUACGGCCAGAUCAGAGAGUGAGCGGCAAGCAGCAGAAGAAGAAAGGAGAAGAUUGGAGGAAGUAAAAAGAAAAAAAAUUGAAAAGAUUACAAAUGAAAUGGAAAACAGCACCACAGAGAUAAAAGACAGCAUAACUGAGUUUCAAAAUUGCUUUAGAUUGUUAAUACCUGACCUUCAUGAUUUCUUCAUACCCUUAGAUGACCAAGACAACCAAGAACCUGGUGGAUUCUUUUUUGAGGAAGAUGCUGAGAGCCCCCAAGAUGGUGGAUUUAUUCCAGAUGAGAGUAGAGAAGAGAAGGAGCUACAGUAUGGGUCAGAUUUCAUGCGAGGACAUGGAAUCAUGAAAGGGACAAGUGUACAAAUAAACUUAGGUGAUGUGAGGAAAGUGCAAGAAACUCGAGACAAUGAGAUUGUGAUACAGAACUUGAAAGAGAAUGUCAAUGUCCUCAAGACAAAGUAUGUUCCUUUGGUAAAGAGAUGGGAACAAACAAUGAGGCCACACAGUGAAGGGAAUGGGGCACUUAUAAAACGGAUUCUCGAUAUCAAAAAUGUAGUCGAGGGAUCAGUCAGAAAGUUUGAAUCUGUCCAGAUCAUACCUCAGAAAGUACAAAAGCCAGUCAGUAAUGAAGACUUUGACAGUGACAGUGAUGAUGAUUUUAUUGAAGUUCCUUGUGAUGAUCCUCGUGUGAUCAGUGCUGCAGCAUCUGAGGCAGCUCUCCUGGGAAUCACUGGUCCUUCUUGUCAGUCAGAAAGUCAGAAGUCAGUUGACCCACAUAAUCAACCAUCAACUUCAGGUGUGAAUUUUAAUGCAGAGAUAUCUCUUAAAAAGUCUUCCAAAAAGGAUGGUGUUAAGAAAGUGGAUGCAAGAUGUCCUGAUGAAUACCUCAGCAAUGAAACAGUGAAGCCUCAACGUCACCACAAUCCUCUAGCAGGGCUAAGCCAGGUGUGGACAGCAACUCCAGACCUUCAUGAACAAGAUGAAAUGGAAACAACAGGUGGCAUCUUAGGCAUUGCAACACAGCGUGUCAAUUAUGAGCGAACUUGGGAGCCUGUAAAGUGGGAAUGUAGAGCUCCUCUUGCAACUGGACGCCUUUGCCCUCGCAAAGAUCGAGAGAGGUGUCCUUUGCAUGGUCCAAUUAUACCAAGAGAUGAAAUAGGACAGCCAGUGCGUCCAGAAGAUGCCGCCCGGGAGCGUGCUGCUAAGGAGAAGUAUGAGCAAGAGAACCCUGCCUGGCAAGACCCUCAACUUCUAGCUGAGAUAAAAGCUGCCACAGGUGUUGAUUUGAAAGUUCCAAAAGGCAGAAGUAGGAUACGUGAAAAGUACAAAAAUUUGACGGAUAUAAAGAAGACAUCCCCUCGAGAGCGUCUGGCAAAAAAAGUACUAAGUAAACAAGCAGUGAGACGCUUGAAUUCAGCUUUGGCCAGGGACCAUUCUGCACCUCAAAACUCUUCUAAUUUCAACUUUGGGUGAAAUGAGUUUUUGUGGUUAACUUAUUGGUAGGCCAAAAAUGUUUCCAGAGGGUUAAAAAUGUUGGAAAUGGUGUAAGAUUAUUUUUUAUAGGGUCUUCUUAGCACAAAGAACCUUAUUGGUUCAAAUAUGCCUUAUGAUUAUAUUUUAUACUCUAAAAAUACUUUUUUAGCAUGGACUUGUACAUUACUAGUCAGUAGCAGUGCUUGUUGAAAACUUUUGAGACAAGUAGUAUCAAAUGAUAUAGGUUAAAUUAAUAUAUUUAUUUAUUUAAUAUCUAUUUUCUUCAUAUAAGACAAUAGGAAAGUGAAUGUUUACCUGUUAGAAAUUGAUCUUCCUUUUAACAAUGUGGCAUUAUUUAUGUAAUGUAUUAAGUUUUAUAUGUUUUAACGGUUAUUGUUAACGUUACUUUUUGUGUUUUUUUGCGUCAAUAAUAUUGGUAUGGAAGGUUACCAUGAUGAAUAUAUGAAUAAAGAUUAUAUCUACUAUGA